AUGUUUGCAUCGAAAAUGCUUCGAAUGGCAGUGACGAAGACGUCGACGGGUCUAGUGGGUCUUAAGGUAAACCCUAAUGCUCGCCAGGAUCUCAUUAAGAUUUACCGUCGGACGCUGGAUGAGGUCAAGAUUCUACCGCCUGAGGCCAAGAAUUACCGUAAUGCAGUGGAACAGAUUACUAAUUUUCGUCUAAAUGUGGUAGAGACCAACGAAGAGGAGGACGUGAUUGAGCGUAAGAUUAACUGUGGUCAACUGGAGGAGCUGAUUGAACAGGCUGAGGAUGAAUUGAGUGUCAUUCCCGUGUACAUUGAGCACAAGCUGUGGGAAAGUCCCGUUGAAGCUGCUAAGCAAUCGUAG